GAUAAGUUGAGGGCAGGUUUCGAUAGAAACAGCUUUUUAACAUGUGUGUUGUUAAGGAAAUUGGAGGGAAUAGUGAGACGGAAUUGUAUUAAACGAAAUCUAAAACAAUGAAUGCGCCACCAUUAAAUCGGAUUCCUGGUACGGCACAGUCGAAGGAACAACAUGUCAAAGAUCUCAAAACCCUCAGAUACCAUGAGCUACUAGAAAUGAGGGAUAGACAAUCAAAUAUAUUGGCAUCCAAAAAGCGACUAGAGACAUUGCCAGAUAAAGGAAAGCGUGUACGCGAGUCACACGAAAAGUUACUUGCUGAGAUUCAACGUCGCAAUGAUGUGGAGGCAACUGCUAAUCUUCUCGGCGACCUGAACAUUGCGUCAAAAGGAAAAAUAGCACUCAAUAAUCUGGAAUGGCAUGGUAAAACUGCUCCUGACAGUUCAAAUGUGACCGAUCUGCUUGACAGCGACGACGAACAAGAGAUGGAUCCGUUGCGAAUUAUUGCCCAAGGUACAAUGCAUCAGCGCCAAGUCAAAGUCCUACCGCCGCCCGCCACGCUUAUCACUCCUGAAGAUGUUGCUGACAUUGCAUCAUUUGGGCAAGUGCAAGCGCCUGAUUCAUUAGACUCAAGCCAGACUAAUCAGAGCACGUCAAGUAGUUGCAGUGGGCAAGAUUAUAGCAAAACAAUCCCAGCUGAAAUAAUAGAAAUUGAUGUUGGCAAAUUGAUCGGUAAACGAUCUACUGAAGCCUCGUUGGAACAACAUGCACUGUAUCUCAUAGAUAAGACUGAACUACACGCUGUGGCAACGGAGCGUGAAAAGUUUUUACCUUUCCGCACUACAGUAUCAAAUGUGCAUGAUCCGGAUAAAGAGCGCAGACGAAAAAAAGGCAAACAUUGGGAGAUCACCGCUGCUACGCCUCCACUCAUACAAUACAAAGAGAUUCAGUUAGUGCCGCUGGCGGAAUCCGCCAGCCUCCAAAUCGAUUAUAUGCAGAAAAUCAAGGAGCUACGCAUACAACAGGCAGAACAGCGUCUGGCCAGGCGAUCUACGCCACUGAUGGGCAUACUUCUUCCCGAUGAUUCAGUGCUGAAGACCAAAGCUUCAUUUAAUAACUAUCGUGAUCCGCAAGUCGAUUUUCUGAUAGAAGGCAGAAAACAGGCGAGAGAAGAAAAGGAAGUGCUUGAUCCAACAAUAACUGAGAAAGCCACAGGUGGCAUUAGUUACUCAGUUUAUAAGUGAAGAUUAUAAGCAAAUUAAGCUCAAUUAGCAAUUAAGCUCCUGUAUUAUAAGAGAUAUUGUGAAACAU